AUGGCUUUCCGCGCUUCUACCCGCUUGCUAGCUGCCUCCAUUCAGGGAUUGAGCCCUUCCCAGACGUCUGAACUCGCCAAGGAGCUGUUACCACCGCUCAUCUUGUACCGCCGGCUGCUGAGGGUUCAUCGCAAGGUGCUCCCACCAGAGCUGCGCAUCAUGGGCGACGACUACGUCAAGUCCGAGUUCCGCCGAACACGAUCUACCGACAACCCUCUACACAUCGUCGGGUUCCUGAGCGAGUGGAAGAAAUACCUCGACCACCACGAGGCGCUGGCGAAUGGAGCGAAGGGCGCAGAGCUGGAGAAGGAGGUUGGGCAGAAGUUGGAUCCGAGUAUACUGGAGACGCUCUCCGCCGACCAAAUCGGCCAACUCUACGAACUCUUCCAAGCCUCGCAAGACGUCUGGCUCUCACCCGAAGAACUUGAGGCGAAACUCGCGGCCGAGGGGAAGACGGAGGAGGGCAUCCCGGCGGGACAGGUGUUGCCGGAUUUGGGGAAGAGUCGGUUGGGAGGAGGGGAGGGGGAGGGGCGGUAG